CGGAGACGGUCGUCAAUGUCUAGUCGGGAGGCGGCCGAAGUUGAAAGGGGCCUGCGCUAUGACCAUCACAGACACGAGCACCGCGAGUGUGACGAUCGAGACCGCGACCGGUAUGAACUGGAAGAGGGCGGACUCGACCCGCCGGAACAUAGCCUCCAGUCGGACAUCAACAGAACAAUGUCCCCGGCAGCUGAGCGUUUGCGCUACAUUCUGGGAGAUGAUGACGACACAAUGCCCACUCCCACUCUCUUCACUGAGAUGGACACGCUACAGCAUGAGGGGGAUGAGCUGGAGUGGAAAGAGUCAGCUAGGUGGGUGAAGUUUGAGGAGAAGGUGGAGGAAGGAGGAGAGAGAUGGAGCAAACCUCACGUUUCUACACUGUCCUUGCACAGUCUGUUUGAGCUACGGACCUGUCUGCAGACUGGUACUGUUUUGCUGGACCUGGAGGGCUACUCUCUCCCACAGAUAGUUGAUGACAUCAUCGAGCGCCAGAUUGAGGAGGGUCUGAUUGGACCAGAGCUCAGAGAGAAGAUUAGCUUUGUGUUGCUACGGAAACACAGACACCAGACCAAGAAACCCAUCCAUCGCUCACUUGCAGACUUGGGCAAAUCCAGCUCACCCCGUAGUCCCAGCCGCACACCAGCUGCCAGUGCUAACUUCAACCGCUCCACAGAGGACCUGCGAUCCAAACAGGCAGGAAACUAUGGCCGUCUCCGCCAUGCCCAGAGCCGAAGCAUGAGCGAUAUCGCAGACACACCGAGCACAGACCAGCUGAAGAACAAGUUUAUGAAAAAGAUUCCCAGAGAUGCAGAAGCCUCUAAUGUCCUGGUUGGAGAGGUGGACUUUUUGGACAAGCCUUUUGUUGCCUUUGUGCGCCUGUCCCAGGCAACCACACUGGGUGGUCUUACUGAAGUCCCAGUGCCCACCAGAUUCUUGUUUGUGCUCUUGGGACCGCCUGGAAAAGCCAAAUCUUACAACGAGAUCGGCCGAGCUAUCGCCACUCUGAUGGUGGAUGAUCUCUUCAGUGACGUGGCUUAUAAGGCUCGGGACCGAGAGGACCUGAUCGCAGGCAUCGAUGAGUUCUUGGAUGAGGUCAUAGUGCUUCCACCGGGAGAGUGGGACCCCAAAAUACGCAUUGAGCCCCCUAAAAAAGUGCCCUCUGCAGACAAAAGGAAGUCAGUUUUCUCUCUGAACGAGCUGGGACAGAUGAAUGGAGCAGCUGGAGGAGGAGGGGCGGUCAGCGAAGAUGAAGAGAUGCCGGUUCCUCAUGAACUGGGAGAGGAACUGGCCUUCACUGGCAGAUUCUGUGGAGGUCUGUUUCUGGACAUUAAGAGGAAACUGCCCUGGUAUCCCAGUGAUUUCUAUGAAGGCUUUCACAUUCAAUCCAUCUCUGCUGUUCUUUUCAUCUACCUGGGCUGCAUCACUAACGCCAUCACUUUCGGAGGGCUUUUAGGGGAUGCCACCGACAACUAUCAGGGUGUAAUGGAAAGUUUUCUUGGCACUGCUUUAGCAGGGACGGUUUUCUGCAUGUUUGGAGGUCAACCCCUCAUUAUUCUCAGUUCCACAGGGCCCAUCCUCAUCUUUGAGAAACUACUUUACGAAUUCAGCAAGAACAAUGGGAUCGACUACAUGGAGUUACGUCUGUGGAUCGGGAUGCACUCCUGCCUGCAGUGCUUCCUUCUGGUCGCCGUGGACGCCAGCUACAUUAUCAAAUACAUGACACGCUUUACAGAGGAAGGUUUCUCCAGCCUUAUCUCCUUCAUCUUCAUCUCCGACGCCAUCAAGAAAAUGGUUGGCUCCUUCAAAUACUACCCCAUCAACACCGACUUCAAGCCUGACUACGUCACCGCCUACAAGUGCGAGUGUGUGGCCCCCGACCCCAGUGAGUCAUUCCAUGGCACAGGGUCACAUCCUUUGUGUGGUUCUCUCGCCUCCUCUGUCAUCUCCCAGUUAAAUGUCACAGCCCUGGAUUGGACACAGCUUAGCAAGAAGGAGUGCGUGAAAUACGGCGGCUCUUUGGUGGGCAAAUCGUGUAAGUAUGUUCCAGACCUGGCCCUCAUGUCUUUCAUCCUCUUCUUCGGCACCUACUCCAUGACCGUGUCGCUCAAGAAGUUCAAGUUCAGUCGCUACUUCCCUACGAAGUUACGCAAACUCAUCAGUGAUUUCUCCAUCUUCAUGUCAAUCAUGACAUUUGUGGGCGUGGACAUGUUGUUGGGGCUUAAAACACCCAAACUGAUUGUGCCAACAGAAUUCAAGCCCACUCGUUCUGACCGUGGUUGGUUGGUGAUGCCCUUUGGGAAGAACCCGUGGUGGGUGUACCUCGCGAGCUUUGUCCCCGCUCUCCUUGUCACCAUCCUCAUCUUCAUGGACCAACAGAUCAGUGCAGUAAUUGUCAACAGGAAGGAGAACAAGCUCAAGAAAGGGUGCGGCUACCACCUGGACCUGUUCUGGGUGGGUGUCCUCAUGGCUGCUUGUUCGUUUAUGGGGUUGCCAUGGUAUGUGGCUGCCACGGUGAUAUCCAUCGCUCACAUCGACUCGCUGAAGAUGGAAAGUGAGAGCAGCGCACCGGGGGAGCAGCCGCAGUUUUUGGGCGUGAGGGAACAGAGGUUAACUGGAAUCCUGGUAUUCGUGCUGACUGGUGUUUCCAUCUUCUUGGCCCCAGUGCUACAGUUUAUCCCAAUGCCAGUGCUGUACGGUGUUUUUCUCUAUAUGGGCGUGGCUUCUCUCAAUGGCAUCCAGUUCUGGGAAAGGAUCAAGCUUUACCUGAUGCCGUCCAAGCACCAGCCGGACUUCACUUUCCUUCGUCACGUGCCCCUGAGGAGGGUCCAUCUCUUCACAUUAGUGCAGAUCAUUUGUCUGGCGGUCCUCUGGACCUUAAAGUCGACCUUCCUCGCCAUCAUCUUCCCUGUCAUGAUCCUGGGACUGAUGGUUGUGCGUAAAAUGCUGGACAUGGUGUUUUCCCAGCACGACCUGGCCUGGUUGGACGACAUUCUCCCGGACAAAGAGAAGAAGAAAAAAGAUGAUGCGAAGAAGGAGGAGAAGAGAGAGGUGGUCAUUGAGACUGAGCGGAAACGACAAAUAUUCCUUGAGUGUCACUUUAACGACAUUGGCCAUCAUCUGGGACAGAAGAAAACUGUCCACAGAAUCCAGAGCAAAUACUACUGGCUUGGCAUAGUCAAGGAUGUGGUAGACUGGAUUAAAGUAUGUGAAACUUGUCAACAGACUGAACGAAACAAAAACAUGGCCAGAACCAUUCGACCAAUAAAAGUGGACGGACCAUGGGAGGUUGUUGGGAUUGAAAUAUGUGGUCCGUUUCCUGUGACUGCACAAGGAGGCAACACACAUGUUGUUAUAAUCACAGACUACUUCAGUAAAUGGGUGGAAGCCCUCCCAGUACAAAAGAAAGAUGCUCUUUCUGUAGCAAGAUGUAUUUCGACGUCCAUUUACAGGUUUGGAUCUGUGAAGACCAUUUUUUGCUCUCAAAGUGCUAACUUCUGUGAGGAGGUAACAAAGCAGCUAUGCGACCGGUGGAACAUUGUUCAGAAGGUAACGUCCGUUGACCGGCCGCAGAGAAAUGGGUUGUACGACCGGAGCAGUGAGCUGCUUAGAGAUGCCAUAAAACAGGUGGCGCUAGAGAAGCAGGCCGAAUGGGACGACUUCCUCGAUCCAGUUCUGUCGCUUUUCCGAACGUCCACAAACCCCACCACGAAGUUCACUCCGUACGUCCUCAUGUUCAACAGGAAACCCAGCAUGCCCAGUGAGAUGAAGCUGGAUCUCCUCAGUUACGAUCAGGAGCAGGAGGCCUGUCCUGUGAAUGAGGAGAGUGUCUCCGCCGUAAUGUCCUCCAUGCAGGAGCAGCAGCACUCCGUCAAACAGCUGGUAAUUGCCAAUAUGAAUGCCGCAUACAGACAGGAGAAGAAGAAUGCCAAACGCCGCGCGAGAAGCAUACCCUCCAUCGCGCUUAACGUCACAGACCCAUUAUUCAACACAGAGGAACCUUCUUCACCAAAGAAACUUAAAGACAGCUUGUACCUUUCAUUUCCAGUUGAGACAGUUCUUGCCACAGAUCAAAGCACGCCAAAUGACAAGAAGAACAACUUGGAGUAUCCAUUGGCAGGUUCUAAUGUUAACUGA